UGUCUUUUACAACGGUAACCGUAUUGCUUCCGGCUUUUGAACAGGCGUGUAAACACGGAAUGUGACGCGUGUUUGUAAUUGUACUCUUUAUAACACAUUUGAUUUUUAUGUAUAUAUGUGUGUGUUGAGUGACAUGAGUUUGUUUUUGCCUAAGCUGUCCUGUAAAAAGGAAGUCGACGAGGUGAUAAAGAGUGUUGCAGAGAAAGUUUUGGUUCUGAGAUUUGGGAGAGAUGAAGAUUCCGUCUGUAUGGAGCUGGAUGAGAUUCUUUCAAAGACAUUCCACGACCUGAGUAAAAUGGCUGGCAUCUACCUGGUUGACGUAAACAAGGUACCAGUGUAUACCCAAUACUUUGACAUCAGCUACAUUCCUUCCACUGUCUUUUUCUUCAAUGGACAGCACAUGAAAGUAGAUUAUGGGUCUCCAGACCAUACAAAGUUUGUUGGAAGUUUUAAAACCAAACAAGACUUUAUUGACCUAAUUGAGGUAAUUUACCGUGGGGCCAUGCGAGGGAAACUGAUAGUGCGAAGCCCAAUUGACCCGAGGAACGUUCCCAAAUAUGACCUCCUCUAUCAAGGAAUAUAGGUGCCAGGGGGCUAAACUUAAUCAGAUUGGAUCAAAAGGACUGCAGAGUUUGAAAGACAUCACUUCUCUGAGGGGGAAACAACAAGUGGAUAAACAUACAAUAAAAAAAUGCAAUGUGGAGUCCUUCUGACUGCCCACAGAACAGUGUAGUCGUUGUUUUCUAGCUGUUUGCACGGACUGUGUACAUGCAGUGUAAUGACUGGUUUCAGCUUUUGACUACUAAAGCUGCAGUGUCUCACAUCUAUACCAUUUUACACUAAAAUCCUUGUAAUCCCUUGUUAUAGAUCAGGAGGCACAUGUGGCUUAAUAAAGGGGAUCCUCUUUUUUCCCCAAAACUGUUUUUUUGUUACACUGAUAAGAUUGUGCAGAGCUGACAUUUACAAAAUGGUAACAAGUACUCAACAAAGUGAUGUGUUGAAUGCUUUGAAGUACAGUUCCAAUACAUUUGUUUCUCUAGUAAUGAUGAGGAUCAGUGUGAAUAAAAUGUUUUGAGGGAUGUUACAAUAAAAAUAACUUAUUAACUGAA